UAUGUUCCUAAAAUAGGUUUUUUUUUUUUUUUUUUUGUUCACAUUCCUAAAAUAGGUUAAAAAACCAUAUUCAUUCCUCUCUCUCUAUAUACUACUAUACGUGUCCCUCAAGUCUCGGAUAAGACCGAAACAAAGGGGGUGUUAGUGGGAAUAAAAUUUAUAUAGAGUUUGUUGAUUUUAAAAGUUGAGAGAUUUGUUAAAUUUGAAAGGAGUUGUAGAAUUUUUGUAUAUUGUGAAAUUCUAUGAAAGUACAUUGAUAUAAUGAUUCUAAGAAUCUAAGGUAUAUAAGUAGUAUUCUCAAAAUCUUGUGUUAUGAGUUAAAUGGUGAAAAAUACAACUCCCAAUAACACCAACUUUAAUAGAUUUAAAGAAUCAUUAAAAUCUAUACUUUUUGAAUAACAAAAGAUUGUGUAUAGAAUUACUAAAUUAUGAAACCAAUAACACUAAAUUUUAAUGAGAAUGUGAGAAUGUGUAAACUAAUAACACUAGAUUCUAUAAAUUCUAACAAUCAUCAUAAAUGUAACUCCCACUAACACCCCAAAACUCAUUGUGUCUCUCUCUGCCUGAAUACGAGGUUGUCCAUUCGUGAUUCGAGAUGGAGGCUAAGAAUCGCCGAGAUCGUGGCCGUGAUCGCAGUGAGGAGCGGAGGAAGGGGAAACGUUUGGAGAAUAACAUGCGUAAGAGACGGUGCGAGAGCGUUAGGAGUAUUGAUUCUGAAGAUGAGCGUGAUCGCUACGUUGGUGGAGGACAGAGAGAGAAGCGAAAAGAAAAGGACAAGGAUCGGAGACGGAGGGCUAUGGAGAAGGGAGGAAAAAAUCGAGAACAUGAGAGAGAUAGAGGGCAAGAUCGGAAGAGGGGUAGAGAAGGCAGUGAAGAGAGCGGUGAUGAUGUCAAGCGUAGAAGACAAGAGGAUAAUGGUGAGAAGAAAGAAGCCAGGGAAGAAGAAGUAGAGGAUGGGGUUAAGCAGUUGGAUGAGGAGGCGGAGAAACGUAGGAGAAGAUUGCAUGAGUGGCAAGAGAUGAAGAAGAAAAAGGAGGAAACUAAAAGUGAGAAUAAGUCUUGGAAUCUUGAAGGAGAAUCUGAUGAUGAACAAGUCCCUCCCCAAACAGAAACGGAUGAUGCUAUGAUGGUAGACUUGGAUGAAGAGGUAAUCGAUCCUUUAGAUGCUUUUAUGAAUACUAUGGUUUUACCUGAGGUUGAGAAGCUUAGCAACGCUGCUUCUCCUCUAGGUACUGUUUUGGACUCUAACAAGGACAUCAAUAAAGCAGCCCUUGGUUGGAUCAUUCAAGGUGAAGAUUCUGAUUCUGACUAUUCAGCGACAAAAUAUGAUGAUGAUCAACCUAGUAUGGACAAAGAAAACGUGGAGCUCAUGAAGAAGACAAAAGGAGAUAAACUGACUCUUGUCGACCAUUCAAACAUAGAAUACCAACCUUUCCGUAAGAACUUCUACAUCCAAGUGAAAGACAUCUCAAACCUAACAGAACAAGAAGUCAACACUCACAGAAAAGAGCUGGAGAUAAAAGUCCAUGGAAAAGAUGUGCCAAGACCCAUCAAAUCAUGGCACCAAACCGGCCUAACCACCAGAAUCUUGAACACAAUCAAGAAACUCAACUUCCAAAAACCAACUCCUGUCCAAGCACAAGCCCUCCCACUCAUAAUGUCCGGUCGAGACUGCAUCGGAGUCGCACCAACCGGGUCAGGCAAAACCCUCAGCUUCGUUCUACCAAUGCUAAGACACAUCAACUCCCAGCCUCCCGUCGAACCCGGCGACGGGCCCAUUGGGCUUGUGAUGGCACCAACUAGAGAGCUAGUCCAGCAGAUUCACACCGAUAUCAAGAAGUUUGCAAAGUCACUGAGUAUCAGAUGCGUGGCUGUAUACGGAGGUUCAGGAGUUGCUCAGCAGAUCAGUGAGCUUAAGCGUGGGACUGAGAUAAUAGUCUGCACUCCUGAAAGAAUGAUUGACAUUCUCUCCACAAACAGUGGCAAAGUAACCAAUCUCCAAAGAGUCACGUUUCUUGUAAUGGAUGAAGCUGACCGUAUGUUCGACAUGGGCUUCGAGCCUCAGAUCACUCGUAUCAUCCAAAACAUACGACCAGACCGUCAAACUGUCCUCUUCUCAGCCACCUUCCCACGUCAAGUCGAGGCUUUAGCGCGUAAAGUCUUGAACAAGCCUGUAGAGAUACAGGCCGGUGGGAGGAGCGUCGUGAAUAAAGAUAUAACUCAGUUUGUUGAGAUCAAGUUAGAGAGCGAGAAGAGGCCUAGGCUCGUGGAGCUUAUAGAGGAAUGGUAUGAUAAAGGGAAGGUCUUAGUCUUUGUUGGUUCACAGGAGAAAUGCGACGGUUUGUAUAACGACUUGAAGAAUAAAUGUGGUUACCGUUGUCAAUCUCUCCACGGAGGGAAAGAUCAGAUUCACCGUGAGGUGGCUGUGUCUGAGUUUAAAAGCAGUGUUUGUAACUUGUUGGUUGCUACUAGCGUUGCGGCUAGAGGUUUGGACGUGAAGGAGGUUGAGUUGGUUGUGAACUUUGACGCUCCGAAUCAUUAUGAGGAGUAUGUGCAUCGUGUUGGUAGGACGGGGAGGGCGGGGAGGAAGGGGUGCGCCGUGACGUUUGUGUCCGAGGAUGAUGCGAGGUACGCGCCGGAUUUAGUCAAGGCUUUGGAACGGUCUGAGCAGGUCGUUCCUGAUGGUUUGAGAGCGAUGGCUGAUGGUUUUAUGGAGAAGGUGAGGGAAGGUGUUGAGAAGGGUCGUGGGAGUGGUUUUGGCGGGAGUGGGUUUAAGUUUAACGAGGAGGAGGAUGUUAGGAGAGCAGCGAAGGAGGCGCAAAAGAAGGAGGAUGGUGUUGAGGAAGAAGACAAGUCUGAGUUGGAAGAUGAGGGUGAGAUCUCACAGCAGAAGCAGAAGGCUACUAUGGUUGUUGCUGCUAUGCUGCGAGGUUGUGCAAGGACUCAACAACACUAUGAAGGUGAGCUGGAGAUUAAUGAUUUCCCACAGAAUGCUCGUUGGAGGGUGACGCGGAGAGAAACUCUUGGUUCGAUAUCGGACUGGUCUGGAGCAGCUAUCACCACCAGAGGUCAGUUUUUCACGCCAGGACGUGUCCCGGGCCAUGGGGAACGCAAGCUUUACUUGUUCAUUGAAAGGACUAGUGAGGAGUCUGUUAAGGCGGCGAAAGGUGAGCUCAUGCGUGUUGUUAAUGACAUUACUAGUCAAGCCUUGUCACUUCCCGGAAGAUCAUCACAACAUGGUAGAUACUCUGUCUUAUAACCAUGAGGUUUGUGUGACUCAAGGAUUCUAAUAAAUUCGAUUUCUGUUUUAAGUACUUUGUUUAGGAUAACUUUUUAAUUCCGUUUUUUCAAUUGGAUUUGAUGUUUCUUUUGGUUCUACAAAUUCUUAUUACAAACCUUUUUUUUUCUGUCACAGCUUCAAGACAAGAGGGUUGCUGUUAUGUACUUAGGGGUGUUCUUGAACCAGAACAAUCAGUCUUACGACUUCUCCUCGGACACACCCCUUAUCCAAAAUAUUAUCUGAUAGUAGAGCAAAAUCUAACUAGAGACUACCCCCAACAGACAGAACAUAUAAUAUAAACACAAAACAAAAAGA